AUGAAAUCCAGGGAAAUUUAUGAAUUUGUAUCUUGGCAGGAGAAUGUGUCCCUUGCUGAUAUUUUGUCACUGCGGGAUAGCUGUCUUACUGAGCAAGAUAUUUGGGCAAUUUGCCUGGAGUGUUGCCAUUCUCUGAAGAGCAUUGCCCAUUCUGCAAUCUUCCAGACACUCUGCAUCACUCCUGACACUUUGGCUUUUAACACCAAUGGCAAUGUAUGCUUCAUGGAACAGCUCAGUGAUGAUCCAGAGGGUGCCUUUGUUCCACCAGAAUUUGAUAUCACCGGUAACACUUUUGAGGCACACAUCUAUUCUUUGGGUGCAACGUUGAAAGCAGCAAUAGAAUAUAUAGUAGAACCUGAGACAGAAUCAGAAUUUGGGCAAGAUCUGCAUACUCUACUGGAACAAAUGCAAGAAGAGAAUCCUGAAAAUAGGCCAGAUAUUGAGAGCAUUUUGUCAUUGUGUGAAGAAAAACUGAAGAUUACUUCAUCAAGUAAUAUUUGUCGAAACCUGUCUGCUGUUGGAAGAAGGGUUCUUUCAAUUGAAUCAUUUGGUGCUUCUCAAGAUGUCUGUGAUAACAUGUGGAAGGGAAGAAUGUGUCAGAGAAGUUUGGGAUCUAAAUUGUAUUCGAAUGAGAAAAACAACAUAGCAGGUGAUUCGUCUACAGUGGAAGAUGUGACAGCUACCUGUCAUAAGGACUCUUCUAUAGUUACUAUGGUGACUGGCAGAGAAAGUGGUUUAAAGGAAAUGCAAAUUGAUCUGGAUAAUGAGAAAACUCAACAUUCUCAACUUGCAACUCAAGCUAAAAAGAGCAAAGAAGAGGACAAACAUGCAGUGUAUACUGACAGUUUUGCUAGUGUUGCUUUGGAUAUAAAAUCAUGUGUUAUUGACCUGGAGAGAGAUGGCAUUUUUAAGAAAGGUUCUUUGAGAAAAAUUAAAACCUUUCCAAAGCUACCACUUGAACCUGGAGAUACAAAUAACUUUUUUACUUCUAUAACCAACAGUGGACCACUAGCUAGGAAACAUCACUUGCUAACACAAGAGUCACUACCUCUAGACAAUAAUAAUGAGGUUGCUUUUUCAAAGGGAAAUCUUAAUUCAUUUGCUAUUAGUAGUCCACCAAAAAUAGAACCAAAGAAUCACCAGGUUAAUGAUCUUCAUUUAGAAGCUCCAUGUGUAUGCACACAGGUGUCUGGCAUGAAUCUAGAAGAACAUAUGUCACUUAUUAAUGGUAAAAAGAUAGGUUUUGCUUCAUCUGAUCACAAAGAAGACUGUUCUGAUGCUACCUCUGAAAUGCCAAAUACAGCUGGUAUGCUAAAAGGCCCAAAUCGAUCAAUUGCUGGAGCAAAAAUGCUAGACAAUUACAUGGUGUUGGAAGAUUCUUCUGAAACUUUUCAAGGGUCAAAUGAAAAUUCUUUACCACAUUUUAACAACGUGGCUUCAGUGUUAACGACAAAACCCAGUGGGAACAGAUAUGGAUCAAACCUAAUUAGGUCUCCAGAAUUAAGCAACGGUGUGAUGAGCGCAAACAAUAAUGAAGAUAAUCUUUGUGGAGGCAGAGGGUCAGAAAUCAAAAGUAAUGAGCAGUGGAUCUCUCUAAAACUCCUGUUGUCCUGGUAUGGUAAACCUCUGAAAGACUAUGAACUCUGGGCAUUGUGUCAUGAGUGUUUAUGUACUCUGCAGACUUGCAUAGAUCAUCCAGUGGUCUUAUGUUUGGACUCAGUGCUGAUUGACUGCCAUGGAAGUAUCCUCUUUGCUGCUCCAAAGGCCGGAGAAUCUUGUGAUAUAUUUUAUUUAGCUCCUGAAAUUGAAGAGGAGGAUGUGGAUACUGAGAAGGUCUGCAUUUAUGGUGUUGCUGCAGUUCUGUGGACGGCUGCAAAAUACAGUGUUCCACCGAGUCACAAACUAGCAUUACCAAGAAAAUUAAAAAAACUUCUUCUGGAUAUGGCAAGAAAAAACCCUGAAGAAAGACCUUCUCUAGCUGAUGCAAUUAAGACAUGCAAUCAUUAUUUACUUGAACAAGGUAGAAACAGCAAAAAUAUUUUGGCAUUGUUGAAUAAAUCUGUCUUUAAGGCUGUUAAGGAAGAAGUAAUCUUGUCUCAAGACCAUGUUGCUUUUGAAUUUAAAAAUGAAAGACCUGAAAUGGACCCUUCGGAGUCAAGUCCAGGAUUUGUGCCUAUUACCAAUGAAAGUAAACUUGUAGCAGUUAAAGGACCAGUACCAUGCCAGAUUUCUCUAAAUUAUGAGAAAGAUACAUUACCUGUUGCAUUCACCUCUCCUGCGACUCACUUUAAGCCUAUUAUUCUGCAACAAAAUGGAAAUACAUCAAAAGAGGUUCACACACCAGUUUCUGAGCAAUUUAAGAAAGCGACAAGAAGAGAAAAACACAUGUACCACAACAAAUCAGGAUAUAUAGAAGACUCUAAAAGCUAUGGUACUGAGGACACAGAUGUUGAAAUUGCACCUGAAAUACCUCAGUGUGACUUACAAGCUCCAGGCCACUCAUCCCAGAUAUCUUCAGAAGAGCAAAAGUCAGGCAAUGCAUUUACUUCUAUAGUUGCAUUACCAUCACCAUCUGAUUCUUCACAUAUAAAAAGCAUUUUAUCUGAAGUUCCUUCUAGCUCCUUAGCUUGUCCUACAUCUCCUAAUUUUCUUCAUAUAAAUAACAUAAUUCUCAAACAGAACUCAGAGAAAAGAGUUUUGACAUUUGUACCGGUACAUUUAGCUGUAUCAGAGCAAAUACCAAAUAAACCUCUUCGUUCAAGAGUUGCUUAUGAUUGCUAUCAUAGUUUGCCAGUGCUACUUUCAAGUACUAUUGCAAGUUAUAAAAUGAGCACACAAACAGAAAAUGAUGCCUCCUUUUGCAAAGUGCAAAACUGUGAGACUACAAAGAACAAGUCUGAUAAAAGAAACCCAGUUAUUCAAACCAAUUGCCAAGAAAUUGAGUGUGCUACCAGUGUAGACAGUAUUUUCACUGAACAAGGACAGUCACCGCCAUGUACCUCAGUGAAUCAAGACAAUUCUCAUCCCUUUGAUGUUGAAGUCCUGCCCCAGCAGAACAGAACAAGUGAUGCUUUACUACAGGAAGUGGUUCAUCUUAUACAAGAGGAGUUUGCAUUUGAUGGCUAUCUAGAGAAUGGAACUGAAGUUUUUGAUAUGGGUAACUUCAUUUUAAACUUAAAGGAAAUUAAGUUUGGUAUGUUCUCUGAUGCAAUUUGUGAGAAGUUUUGUGAUCUGUACUGGGAUGAAAAAUUACUGGAGAAUCUCUAUCAGGUAGUAAAUAGAGAAAGACCUUCACAAUUAUGCAUAACUGAGGCAGAUGAUUCAAAGUGUGGCAAUAUGUUCCAAGAUCUGAAGAAAUCUGAUAGCUUUUUGGCAAGCAGUGAUCAGACAGAGGGAGAAGGGGAAGCAACCUUUGUGAAGGCUGAGCCUAUGAUAAAUACGUCAGUAGCUGAAACGGAUUUUGAUGAGUCCCCUUCGAGUAAUAUCAAAAAAGAAUUGAGGCUGCAGAAUACUAUCCCCAUAAAGAAAGAGCAACAAAGUUUACAAAGCAACGGCUGUUGUAUUGGUGUAGGCUUUGCAGAAGAAAAUAUAGAGCCAGAGGAAGAGACCAUGAUAAAGAGAGUUGGGAACAACUACCCUGUGUCUCCCAAUCUACCUGACUUUCAUGGCUGUAGUCCUGGUUGGAGCAGUGCAUUUUAUGGAGCUGAAUGUUUCGAUUCAGAAGUUCAUAGUUACAUGAAAAACCUUGGAAAGCAGAAAUCAAGUGAGUCACAAAAUAUAGAUGCUAAAAAAGUGGAACUAGAACAAUUGUUAAUGAUGGAGACAAAAAAUUACAGAAAGACCAUAAAGUUUUACCAGAAACUAUUGCAGAAAGAAAGAAGAACCAAAGGUCCUGAAACUAAAUCUAUGUUGCCCAAAUUGAGAGGACAGCUACAGGAGAUGAAAUCAAAAGUGCAGUUUCUUGAACUAGUGAAGAAAUACAUGCAGAUCAUGUAUGCAGAGCAGUGGGGUGUGGAAUCCUGUAUGCUGCCUACAGUCAUUCACAACGGGAGAACUGACACCAUGGAUGUGGCACCUACAGAUGAGUCGUCAUUGCUUCUUUACUAUAACACAGAGAAACACCAAUGUAAUAAUCAAAAUGGAAUAAGAGUUCUGCAGGCUGGUACAACACUUGGUUUAAUGGCUUAUUUAUAUUCUAGAAAUGCAUUUUUAGAAGGUUAUGUACAGCAGUUUCUCUACACGUUUCGUUAUUUCUGCACACAAGAAGAAUUUUUGCAGUUUCUUCUUGAUAGAAUCAGCAGCACUUUAUCCAGUGCAAGCCUGGAUCCUUCCACAUCACUUACCAAAAUAUGUAACCGCAGUUUCUACAUCCUGCAGGCUUGGAUUGAAGACUGCUACAGUGUAGACUUUGCAACAAAUGCUGAUCUUUUGUGUACCCUAAAAGAAUUUAUUUCUUCCAAGGUUGCUCGAUUAAAUGGCUAUGGUGAACAUUUGUUGUCAUUGCUUGAGGAUGCUUCUGCCAGGAAAAAUGGCAGUGCUCAUCAAUGCUCUAGCAUGGAUAAAUGUGAAGAGGAAGGUGAGGAGGACAGAAAAAUGUUACAUUCCCUGUGUAAACAGCUCUCAGAAGAUGUUUCCAGAAAGAACUUUAACUGGAAACUUUCCAAAGGUAUGGGACCAGUUGCACAGUGUCAGAGAGAGCAACUGUACACUAGUUCAUCAGUUUUGCCAAAGCCAUGCUAUAACAGUUUUACAGAAGAAUUCCCAGUCUCCUUUGCUAAAGCAGAUGAAGUGGGACCAUAUCUCUUAAUAGAAUACAGUGUGCAACAGCUUUGUUGUCAGCUUACGUUACUGCAACAGGAAGUAUUUCAUAAAUGUCAUCCAGUUCACUUUCUAAAUUCAAGAGCACUUGGUGUUAAAGACAAAUGUGUUGCUGUCCAAAAAGCUGUUUCUACUGAGACAGUUUCACUUAACGUCUGUAAUCUAUUUCUGUCGAAGUGCAUACAAGACCAGUACCUUCUACAAUUAUUAAGAAAUGCAGACAGUACCAGCACCUGGGUUGCUGCUGAAAUUGUAACAUGUCACACGUCUAAGCUGCAGGUGAGCUUGUUAUCAAAAUUUCUUCUUAUAGCAAAAUGCUGCUAUGAACAAAGAAAUUUUGCUACUGCGAUGCAAAUCCUAGCAGGCUUGGAAAAUCUUAUUGUACGACAGUUACCAGCCUGGAAAAUUUUACCUGCAAAAGUAGCUGAAAUAAUGGAGGAACUCAAGGCUGUUGAGGUGUUUUUAAAAAGUGACAGCUUGUGCUUGAUGGAAGGAGAAAGAUUCAAAACACUUCCAACAAUUCCAUCAGCCCAUGUUUUGGCUAUGCAUGUCCAACAACUUGAAACUGGAGGAUUCACAAUGACAAAUGGAGCUCACAAGUGGACUAAACUUAGAAAUAUUGCAAAAGUUGUGAGCCAAGUUCAUGCAUUUCAAGAGAAUCCUUAUACAUAUACACCCGAUUUCAAGCUGCAGUCUUACCUCAGACAAAGAAUAACUCAUUUUAAAGAUGCAGACAUUUCUGCCUUGGCAGCUGACAACUGUGCCAACUUCCAUCAGAUACCAGCAGAAAAACAUUCUCGAAAAAUUCAGGACACACUGCGCAGAAUGAAGGCAACAUUUCAGUAAUUAUUUACAUUUCAUCUGUUCUGUUCUAAGUGUGGAUUGUAAAACUGGAUUAACUUGACUUCAUCUCCUGGACCAAUUCCCAAGCAAAUACUUAAGUGAAGUGACUUAAAAUACUAUCUCAAGUUGAAAUGAUUAUAUUUCUUAACACGGAAUUAUAAAAUACUGACUAAUGAGAUUUUAAUCCCUGGCA